AUGAAUGUUCGGAUCGAGGAACAAGUUGCAAUGUUAUUACAUACACUCGGGCAUAGUGUUCGUAACCGAGUAAUCCGAUUUAACUUUCAUCGCUCUGGUGAAACUGUUAGUAGGUACUUCAAAGCUGCAUUACAUGCUGUAGGGGAGUUACGUAAUGAAUUUAUCAAGCCUCCACCACCUGAAACUCCAUAUAAGAUUAAAUCAAGUAAUAGGUUCAUGCCCUUUUUCAAGGAUUGUAUUGGCGCGAUAGAUGGAACUCAUAUUAAAGCUAGGGUUCCAAAAGAGAACGAAGCCGCGUUUAGAGGAAGGAAACCAUACCCAACACAAAAUGUUUUAGCAGUAGUAGAUUUUGAUUUAAAAAUCACAUACGUGCUUGCUGGUUGGGAAGGUAAAUAUUAUCUAGCUGAUGGUGGCUAUUCCACACGAAAUGGUUUUAUUUCACCAUAUCGUGCCACAAGAUAUCACUUGAAGGAGUUCAGUUCUGUUCAACCUACAAAUUCAAAGGAGCUUUUUAAUCUACGGCAUUCCUCCUUACGCGCUACUGUAGAGCGUGCAUUUGGUUCCUUGAAAAACCAAGGUGGCGAUGAGUUCAUUCAAUCCGAAGAUGAAUGGGCUAGAAUGAGUCACUGUAGAAGAAGAUAUCAAGCAGCUAUAGAUGAUUCGCUAGAAUGGCUAGAUAAAAGAGAUGAAAUUGCUCAAUUCAUGUGGAGUCGCAUGCAAAAUGAUGGAUAUUAG